CCUCUGUCUCCAGUACGAGACUGGAACACGCAACCACAGGGGUCCAUAGGCGAUGAACGGUGAAGAUCUGGAUAAACUGUACACUAACAAUGAACCGCGAAAACAUGGGAUAACAAGGCAAAACAAAUAAUAAUUUAUCCUCGAUUCGGGAUAGGAACAAGAUAAAAUGAAUUUGUUGUGGGGAAACCAUCAUUCUUUCUUUUCUCUCAUUUUAUGCCAUUCUCCUUGGACGCUGAGCUGGUAUAAAGAUCUAGGAACAGCUGGAGCCGGUGAUCAUGGAACAGGGAUGUUGUCAUCUGAGUAAACGAAGUUUAUCGAUUAUGGAAUAUAUGGAAAAAUCUUGACUUGAAUAAGACAAUGGAAAGUAAGUAGUUGGAGAGCCGUUAUCACUUUCUCAUCACACGGGAGUUCUAUAUCCAGAAGAUCAUCCGCUCAGGAGAUGUCAGAUUUUUUUCUGGAAUAAUGCAGAAGAGGCGAGACCAUCAUCAAAUAUGAUUCGUGUCUGACACAUUCGCAGGUUUGAGUGAUAAGCCUAUUGCUAUUGUUGACGAUUAAAUAUAUUGUCACUGCGAAUCGGUAAAGAGGUGAUAACACUUAAAUGGACAGUUUUUGAACUGGUUUAACAUACCAUUAAUAUGAAUGGUAUUUUUCUAUAGUAGUUUCUCUAGGUACAUUCAGAUUUUUUCCCUAUCAGAUACUGUAUGAUAGACGAGAAAUAACGAGCCCGUAGACUACUGGUGACAUCACCCCAGUCAGAUCUACUGCUGUACAGUAAAUAUCAACAAUGGUAGAGCCUGUGGGAUUUAUUGAAGCAUGGAAAGCGCAGUUCCCAGAGUCGGACCCCCCAAAGAUGGAGCUCAGGUCAGUGGGGUGCAUCGAACAGGAGCUUGAGAAGUGCAAAGCCUCCAUCCGGCGGCUGGAGCUGGAGGUGAACAAGGAGCGCUUCCGUAUGAUCUACCUGCAGACGCUGCUGGCCAAGGAGAGGAAGAGUUAUGAUCGCCAGCGCUGGGGUUUUAGGAAGGCCCAGGUGAACGAGGUAGGGGACCAGGCAGGGCUGGGCGCUGAGUCUCAGCAGCCACAUGUGCAGGAACAGGGGGAGCGGAGCCGGUUCCAACCGGUGGGGGAGGCUAGGUCCAAACCUAGACCCCCUCCAGCCCGGAAGUCAGCCUCCCACGGAGACGGGCUGGAGCUCCAGUCUGCCUUCGAGGUACCCCAGCAGGUAGAGCCCUGUGAGACAGACGGCCUCUCGCCCUCCAAACAGAAAGGAGGUAUAUCCCCUCGCCGCCAAAACCCACCCCCAAACAAGGACCUACUGUUUGACCCCAAUGACAAGCUUGGCAUGGGACUGGGGGUGGCAGCGCUGAGGUCUAACUUUGAGAGGAUCAAGCGGGCAAACUCUCACUCUGCCGGGGAUGGAGGGAAGAGCCAGGAGAAGCAGCAGCCCUUCUACACCAACAUGGACUUCCACCAUGACAGGGGCCUGGUCAGGGUCAAUGACCGAGACGUCUCUGACAAGAUCAGCACCCUGGGCAGCCAGGCCAUGCAGAUGGAGCGCAAGAGAUCUCUGCACUCCCUGCCAGGCAACUUGGCCACUGUGGCAGGUGAGCUCCGCACUCGGCCUGUCUACAGGGGGCGCUCUACAGAGAGCACCUGUGGGUACGAUGCUGAAUACGAGGAUGGGGACCCCAACCCACGCCACCCCAAGGCCAACGGGGGCAAACAGCCCCCUCCACCCCCAUGGCAACCCUCUGACUUCCAGCCUUACACCAGCGUCUACGUUGGCGGGGUGAUGAUGGGCGAGGGUGGGGGGGGUGGAAGAGGGGGCGUCAUCAUGAGGGACCACAUCGGAGAAGAGCACCACCUGACCUGGCCCCGGCGCUCCUACUCUCCCGGGAGCUUUGAGGACGUGGGGGGCGGAGGCGGCGGCUACACACCAGACUGUAGUUCCAAUGAGAACCUAACAUCCAGUGAGGAGGACUUCUCGUCUGGCCAGUCCAGCCACGUGUCACCCAGUCCCACCACUGCCUAUCGCCGGCCCUUCAGGGAGAAGAGCCGCUCACCCUCGCAGAACUCCCAGCAUUCGUUUGACAGCAGCAGUCCCCCCACGCCACAGUCCCAGAAGCGCCACCACCAGCAGGGCCACGUGGUCAUGUCCGAAGCUACCAUUGUGAGCGUCCGCAAGACUGGCCAGAUCUGGCCCCCACUCGAUCCGAACUCCACACCGGCCAGCAGAGCUUCCCAUGACAACAGUUUCCAUGGAGACCUGGACGGUCCGUUCACAGGGACCCCUCCCACUUACGGGUACGAUGCGGACCGUGCGGAGGAGCAGAGGCGCCACCAUGACAUCCUGCCCUACAUCGACGACUCGCCCUCCUCUUCGCCACACCUCAGCUCCAAGAGCCGCAGCAGCCGAGACACCCUCUCUUCCGGAUCCCUUGAGUCCUCCAAGUCGACGGAGUUGGACCUAGAGAAAGGCCUGGAGAUGAGGAAGUGGGUUCUGUCUGGGAUCCUAGCCAGCGAGGAGACCUACCUCAGCCACCUGGAGGCACUGCUACUGCCUAUGAAGCCUCUGAAGGCAGCAGCCACCACGUCCCAGCCCGUGCUGACCAUCCCCCAGAUUGAGACCAUCUUCUUCAAAGUGCCCGAACUCUACGAGGUCCACAAGGAGUUCUACGACGGCCUGCUCCCCCGGGUGCAGCAGUGGAGCCACCACCAGCGUGUGGGAGACCUCUUCCAGAAACAGGCCGGCCAGCUGGGAGUUUACCGGGCCUUUGUGGACAACUACGAGGUUGCUGUGGAGACGGCUGAGAAGUGCUGUCAGGCCAACACGCAGUUCGCUGAAAUCUCUGAGAACCUCAAGGUGAGGAGCACCAAGGACUUGAAGGACCAGUCAGCCAAGAACUCUCUGGAGACUCUCUUGUACAAACCAGUGGACAGAGUUACUCGUAGCACCCUGGUACUGCAUGACCUGCUGAAGCACACUCCCUCCAGCCACCCAGACCACCCCCUGCUCCAGGACGCACUCCGCAUCUCCCAGAACUUCCUGUCCAGCAUCAACGAGGAGACCACGCCCAGACGCCAGUCCAUGACUGUCAAGAAGGGAGAGAACCGCCAGCUGCUGAAGGACAGCUUCAUGGUGGAGCUGGUGGAGGGAACCAGGAAGCUCCGCCAUGUUUUCCUCUUCACCGACCUGCUGCUCUGCGCCAAGCUCAAGAAACAGAUCGGAGGGAAGAGUCAGCAGUAUGAUUCCAAGUGGUACAUCCCUCUGUCAGACCUAACCUUCCAGAACACAGAUGAGUCUGAGCCUCUGCCCAUCCCCCAGGUGCCUGACGAGGAGCUGGACGCCAUGAAGGUCAAGAUCUCCCACAUCAAGAAUGAGAUCCAGAGAGAGAAGCGAGCCAACAAAGGGUCGAAGGUGAUUGACAGGUUGAGGAAGAAGCUGUCGGAGCAGGAGUCUCUUCUGCUGCUCACCUCCCCCAGUAUGGCCCUCAGAGUACACAGCAGGAACGGCAAGGGUUACAUGUUUCUGAUGUCAUCAGACUACGAGCGCGCUGAGUGGAAGGAGAUGAUCCAGGAACAGCAGAAGAAAUGCUUCAAGAGCUUCUCCCUGACCUCCAUGGAGCUACAGAUGUUGACCAACUCAUGUGUGAAGCUGCAGACUGUCCACCACAUCCCACUCACCAUCAACAAAGAAGGCCAAGAGGAUGAAUCCCCUGGCCUCCAUGGAUUCCUGAAUGUAAUCGUCCACUCUGCCUCGGGCCUCAAACAGAGCUUGAAUCUGUACUGCACGUUAGAGGUGGACUCCUUUGGCUACUUUGCGAGCAAAGCCAAGACGCGGGUGUAUCGCUAUACCACAGAGCCCAAAUGGAAUGAGGAGUUUGAGAUAGACCUGGAGGGCUCUCAGACCCUGAGGCUGCUGUGUUAUGAGAAGAGCUACAACAAGACCAAGCAGAACAAAGAGGACGGAGACAGCACCGACCGCAUCAUCGGCAAAGGACAGAUUCCGCUUGAUCCCCAGACGCUCCUAGGCAAAGACUGGCAGAGAACGGUCAUCCCCAUGACCGGGAUGGAGGUAAAGCUUUCUAUGAAGUUUACCAGCCGAGAGUUUAGUCUGAAGAGGAUGCCGUCACGGAAACCCAUGGGCGUGUUCGGAAUCAAGAUUUCCACAGUGACCAAACGGGAGCACUCCAAGGUGCCCUAUAUCGUCAGACAGUGUCUGGAGGAGAUUGAGCGGAGGGGGAUGGAGGAGGUGGGCAUCUACCGAGUCUCAGGGGUGGCUACAGACAUCCAGGUCCUGAAGGCUGCCUUCGACACCAACAACAAAGACGUGUCUGUGAUGAUGAGUGAGAUGGAUGUGAACGCCAUUGCCGGGACACUGAAGCUGUAUUUCAGAGAGCUGCCAGAACCCCUCUUCACUGACGACCUGUACCCCAACUUCGCAGGAGGCAUUGCCCUGUCUGACAGCGUUGCCAAAGAGAGCUGCAUGCUGAAUCUACUGCUGUCACUGCCAGAACCCAACCUGGUCACAUUCCUCUUCCUUCUGGAUCACUUGAAGAGGGUGGCUGACAAGGAGAGCAUCAACAAGAUGUCCCUCCACAACCUGGCCACGGUGUUUGGCCCCACCCUGCUGCGGCCUGCAGAGAAGGACAGCAAGAUCCCCACCAACCCCACGCAGCCUAUCAGCAUGGGAGACAGCUGGUCCCUGGAGGUCAUGUCACAGGUCCAGGUGUUGCUGUACUUCCUCCAGCUGGAGACCAUCCCCACGCCGGACAGUAAGCGUCAGAGCAUCCUCUUCUCCACCGAAGUGUAGUGUUCCACAGGUUCCCAUCAUGAUGACAAUGGGAGAGAGAGGCUGUGAUAGAGACGUCGACUCAAACUGAGUCUACAGUACAGUAUGUCCAUUUGGGAAGGCUACUGAGAGUGAGAAUGGCCUUUGCUGGACUGCAGCAGGGGAUGUAUUCUGCACUGAUUCUGGACAUACCUUGCAGAGGGCGCCACCAUCCCUCUGAGAACAAGAGGGUGGACACCAAUCCUCUGUUGUACCACACAUAUCUGAUGUGAUAACGCAUUAAUACAUCACACCCAAUAGCCAGUGUGACUCUUUGUGCCUCUCGGAUGCAUCAUAUCCUCCUCUUCUCGCUCUGUCUCUUCACUCUCACGUCAAAGCUCCACAGCUUGUGUACGGUGUACGGAAUGAAUGCCACUAUUGAACAUGCCUGCUGCAACCAUAAAUGAAACACUUCAAUUUGAGUCUGAUCAGCAUGUAGGGGAAAAGAGUGUCCAAGGUUUUUAUUUUUUUUGUUGCUAUCGGCUCCUGCUUUGUAGGCAGAAAAACAGGCAGGGCCUGCACAGCGUAUUUUUUUUGCCUUUUCAAAUGUUGAGUUAUUUCUUAAUCCACUGCUGAAGAGAUUCCAACCGUAUGUUUUACACAUGAUACAUUAGGACCACAAUGCUACGAGAGUUAUGUUGAAAAGGAACAUCUGGGUUCUCUGAAGACUUUUAAAGAGGAACAUCCAGAGCUGCCAGGAUCACCAGUCUAUUUGUGUGUCCCAGGAAUCCACCACUCACAACAACAACAAAGUGUUUACAAGGUAAACAAACCUUGGACAAAGGCAGAGAUGGGGAGACUGCAACAAAGGCAGAGAUGGGGAGACUGCAACAAAGGCAGAGAUGGGGAGACUGCAACAAAGGCAUUUGUGAAAUAGGAACAGUUGACAGAAACAGAUUAUCUGUCAGUUAUAAUAAGACUGCAUACAGUUUGGACCAUAAAGCAAUUCCCUCUAUUUGUGUUCUUUGUGUUUCAAGUAGUCCUCAGCUUAAAUACCCAGGAAGCAAUAGAUUUUCUAACAUAGGAGUUUGUCUGUGUUCAUAUCCUUAGUCCGGGGAUGUCCUCAUGGUAACAUAGGAGAUCUUGCCAAAAUGAUCUGUUGUUUGGGAUAAAAUGUAACUAUUGUAUUUACAGAUACAGUACAGUAUGUACAUAAUGCUGUAAUUGUUUUAUUUGUUAUGAUGAUCAUUUAUGAAGAAAAAAUGGGGGGGGGGGGCCGAAAUCAAUGUUUUUUUUCCUAUGUGUUUGUUUUGAUUUGAUGAAGGUGGUAUAGGUUACAGACUUGAGUCCUGGAGGUCUGAGGUGAUGGGAGAUCAUAUGCUGCCUAUGUAACCAGGAUGUAGCCUUGUUGUGGGAAUAACUGCAGUUUUGUCCAGCCUAAUGUUAGCCAUGUAUCCAUCAUUAAGGUAACACUCCAUCUUUGAAUGCCAGUGUCACAACCACUCUUCAUCUGUUCGACUGUUCCAGUCCCUAACCACCCACCCUGAAAUCUUGAUGUGUUACUCAAGUAGGAUACAAAACAGUACAUUUAGUUGUAUACAGAACAACAAUACCAUGUUUCCUCUCUACAGCUGUGUCGGUGGAGACAGUUAUUCUCAUGAUAAUUCACCUGUUUCAAACAAGUUGCGCUAAAUUGUGGAUGCUUAGCCAAAGUGGACCAUUCUGUUGAUGUUAUGAAGGAAUACUUGUUUAUCCUCUUUUCAAUGAAAGUGACCCAUCUGUUUCUCACCCAUAUUUAUGAGGGUGGCUGGACAGCUGUCAUUAACGGUCCUCCACACCCUUCCUUAAGCUCUUCUCCCUCCCGGUCUGCCUGAUAGUAACCCACCAAAGGGCCAUGGAAAAGAAAAUGCUCUUAGAAUAUUUUGUUCAGAAGGAAAAAAGAGAAGAUUUAUAUUAGAAUGGUUUUAAUUUCAGUGCCUGCAGGCAUGUAGUCAUGUUUGAUUAAUGUCAUUUUCUUGUGUGUGUUGUCAUAAACAUAUUGCUAUAUUGGCCAGCAGGAUAUUAGUGACCAACAAGUGUUUUGGUUUUGAUAAACCAAGCUUAAAAUAUGAUAUGAUAUUUAAUUCUGGCUGGAUAAUUGUUAACAAGUAAUGUGUUUACUAACUCAGUCUGUACUACUGUCUGCACUACUGAGAUUUCAUGAAGAACUCCGACAUUUUGAAGUUAGCAGAGACAUUCCCGACAGUUUUGACUGUACAGUAGUCAGUAGCUAGUGUAAAAUCUGGCAUCUGAGUGUGUGGUUGUACAUGCAACAUUCGUGGGCACACAUGCGUGAGUGAGUGAAUGAAAUAAUGGGCCGAUUUGCUGAAAAAAUAAAAAUGUAGAAUUAAUACAUAACGUUUCAAAUCCAGACUUAUCCAUAAGCUAACAUAUCAACUAAAUCAGCUCCAGGUAAUAGCCAUAGUCAUCAUUUUAGUAACACAUUUUGUCCUAAUAUAUCCUCACAUGUCCCAUACACACAACUGUACAUUGGAGGAAGCCAUUGGUUAUGAGAGAGAAAGGCAGUGCAUUCACCAUUCAUUUAGAUCUCUUUGAUUUAUAGAAUUAGUGCUCAAUGUGACCCGCUCUGCUCCAUUGUGCCUCUGCGUCACAGCUUUUAUUCAGAACGUAUGCCGUGGAUUUCAAUGUGUCAGUGGAAUUGCUGUAAGGAGACUUACUGGGGUGCUGAAAACAGACCUGCCCUCAAGGCACCUAUUUUGAGACCAAUACAUGAACGUAGAGUUUGGUAUCGCACUUCAUGGUACUAUUAGCCUGUGUGGGAGAUCUUGUCGGAAUAUUAUGAUACCAAGCUAAGCCCAAUUCAUGUUUUCAAUCAUAAGAGACAGACACACAAAUGCUUAGUCAAUAACCCUCACUCUGCCUUAGCUCUGUCAACAUUAGCAAAAUAACUCAUUUUCAGCUUUUCUGUUCCAGUUCUGUGUAAAAUGAAGUCUACUGUAUUUACGGAGAUGAAUACCCUCAUCUGAAGGAAACAUAUAUUAGUAGUAGCAAAGUGGUAUCUAUACUUGUAGAAGGAGGACACUUUCAAAAUUCACUGUCAUGUUAUAUGCCUCAUAUAUAGAUAAUAUCUCUCAAGGCUCUAUGCUAUGCUGUGUAUCGUUCAUUUGCAAGAUGUACUUUGUUUUUUCAAAUAACUGCCAAACAGUUUGUAACCAUCUGCUGUCCUAACUGUAACUACUGUAUGUAACAACACGUCACUAAUCCAAAACAUGAUCUAAUUUGGAGGGGCUUGCACUUUCAGUUCCUUUUGGUUUUACUCCAGACUGCCCACUGUGAUGCUUUAGGACAUUUUCUCUGGUUUGGAGAAAAAAAAUUGCAAGGAAAGAUGAAGGUUAUUUGAGUUUAUAAAGGUUAGUCAUCUCUCUAACCUUGUCUUAUGGUUGUACAAUAUGUAUUGUAUGUAUCAUACUAGAGGCAUUGGGUUCUUAGGUUUAUUUAUUGUGAUGUUCAUCAAUACAUUUAGGAUUAAUCAUGUUCAUAAAACAGUUGAGUAAUUAGGCUUCAACUGAAGGAGAACUUGGUUAUUGAUUGUCAGUAUGAUUCUUCAUAGGGCUAGUCACUUACCCUGCCUCUUUCACAACAAAGUCAUAUAUGGCAACAUAAGAUUAUUCUAAAUAUGUGUACUAUGUUUUAAAGUCUAAAAAUAUGGAAUAUAUUACUCUAUGUACGACUUUAGCAUUUCAGUGUAUGCAUACUGUAUGAUGAAUGAAUAUUCAUUCUUUCAGUCCUUGUAAGUUGACAUGAGCCUGGCAAUAGUUUAUUAUAAUUCACUCCCUUAUUAAACGUAUUUUAAAUGA